GAUAAAACCUGAGACUCGAAGCUUGCUCUCAGGAAUCCUAAACACUUAGAGGCACGGACACUCUCACACCAGUCCAAGACUUCUGAGUUCGGUACACAGGGCUGGGGGCUGGACCGGCAAAAUCGAUUUGCCCAUCAAGUUCACUUGGUCAGCCUGGGACCCGAGGCCAAGGUGAAGGGGCGACGACACCCAGGGCCCUGUCGCUUUUCCCUAGGGCCCCCAAACAGCGGCGCAGGGCUGAGAUGCCCUCGCCCCCGGCCCCAGGCUUCGGAAGAGCCUGGCGCGGAGCAGGCGCCCUGGAGCGGGGUCUCGGGGGGUCCCCGGAACAGUCACGUGUUCUCGAGACGCCUUUAAACCCCCGCCCUCUCUUCCCACCGCCGCCUCCAGGUCCUGCUCCUGCUGCCGCCGCCGCCGCGGGGUGCAGAAGCCGUCGCGCAGGGCAGCGCUCCCGGGACCCCAGGGCCUGCAUCCGUCGGGGCACCCCGAGGUCUGCUCAUUGUAUUUUUCAGAAAAAGGAAGGGAAAGGGCAGGACUAUAAUAUGGAUUUAGAGCUCAAUGAGUAUUAUAACAAGACACUUGCCACAGAGAAUAAUACUGCUGCCACUCGGAAUUCUGAUUUCCCAGUCUGGGAUGACUAUAAAAGCAGUGUAGAUGACUUACAGUAUUUUCUGAUUGGGCUCUACACAUUUGUAAGUCUUCUUGGCUUUAUGGGGAAUCUACUUAUUUUAAUGGCUCUCAUGAAAAAGCGUAAUCAGAAGACUACGGUAAACUUCCUCAUAGGAAAUCUGGCCUUUUCUGAUAUCUUGGUUGUGCUGUUUUGCUCACCUUUCACGCUGACCUCUGUCCUGCUAGAUCAGUGGAUGUUUGGCAAAGUCAUGUGCCAUAUUAUGCCUUUUCUUCAAUGUGUGUCAGUUUUGGUUUCAACUUUAAUUUUGAUAUCAAUUGCCAUUGUCAGGUAUCAUAUGAUAAAACAUCCUAUAUCUAAUAAUUUAACAGCAAACCAUGGCUAUUUUCUGAUAGCUACCGUCUGGACACUAGGUUUUGCAAUUUGUUCUCCCCUUCCAGUGUUUCACAGUCUUGUGGAACUUCAGGAAACAUUUGGUUCAGCAUUGCUGAGCAGCAGGUAUUUAUGUGUUGAGUCCUGGCCAUCUGAUUCAUACAGAAUUGCCUUUACUAUCUCUUUAUUGCUAGUUCAGUAUAUUUUGCCCUUAGUUUGUCUUACUGUAAGUCACACCAGUGUCUGCAGAAGUAUAAGCUGUGGAUUGUCCAACAAAGAAAACAGACUUGAAGAAAAUGAGAUGAUCAACUUAACUCUUCAUCCAUCCAAAAAGGGUGGGCCUCAGGUGAAACUCUCUGGCAGCCACAAAUGGAGUUAUUCAUUCAUCAAAAAACACAGAAGAAGAUAUAGUAAGAAGACAGCAUGUGUGUUACCUGCUCCAGAAAGACCUUCUCAAGAGACCCACUCCAGAAUACUUCCAGAAGACUUUGGCUCUGUAAGAAGUCAGCUCUCUUCAUCCAGUAAGUUCAUACCAAGGGUCCCCACUUGCUUUGAGAUAAAACCUGAAGAUAAUUCAGAUGUUCAUGAACUGAGAGUAAAACGUUCUGUUACAAGAAUAAAAAAGAGAUCUCGAAGUGUUUUCUACAGACUGACCAUACUGAUAUUAGUAUUUGCUGUUAGUUGGAUGCCACUACACCUUUUCCAUGUGGUAACUGAUUUCAAUGACAAUCUUAUUUCAAAUAGGCAUUUCAAGUUGGUGUAUUGCAUUUGUCAUUUGUUGGGCAUGAUGUCCUGUUGUCUUAAUCCAAUUCUAUAUGGAUUUCUUAAUAAUGGGAUUAAAGCUGAUUUAAUGUCCCUUAUACACUGUCUUCAUUUGUAAUAAUUCUCACUGUUUAUCAAGGAAAGAACAAAUGUUGAUGUCAUAUAAAAUAUAUUUAUAAUAACUAUUUAUGUAUAAUAAAUAUAAAUUCUGUUAACAUGGAAUUUAAUUUAUGUGAAAGAGUUCUGGAUUUGAAUAUCAGUUCAUAAUAUAUGGAAGACAAUUUUAUGUGUUGUAAUAGGAUUAAUUUAUUUAGUUGUGCAGCCAGUGUCAAUCCAAUGUAUAAUUUCAUUUUAGAAAGUAGUUGUAUUACCUUUCACUUCCACCUUGUCUUAUAAACAAAUGAAUUUUAUUUUUUGUUGAAACUAAAA